CCUAUUUGAUAAUCUAACUCUAACUCUAAAGGCUGCAGGACAGACUGCAGGACAUCGCCUCGGCCGUGGGGACGGACACUUUGUGAAGCAGAGGAUCAGAAAGCAGUGUGUGAGGAGCUAAAUACGAGCUACUGAACUCUUCAACUUGAAUGAUCAUUUGACAGCUGUUCAUUGCAAGGAUGGAUGAGUUACAGGAUGUGGAGCUGACCGAAGUUAAGCCCCUUCUGACAGACAAAAAUGCCCGAAACUUUCAGGAUUUCGACUGUCGGGAGCAUGACAUUGAGUCCCCACACGGUGUUCUCCAUGUCACUAUGAGAGGAACACCUAAAGGCAACCGGCCCGUGAUCCUUACAUACCAUGACAUUGGCCUUAACCAUAAGUCAUGCUUCAACACUCUUUUUAACUUUGAGGACAUGCAGGAAAUCACACAGUAUUUUGCCAUGGCUCAUGUGGAUGCUCCAGGUCAGCAGGAGAACGCAGCACCUUUCCCCACUGGGUAUCAGUACCCUACGAUGGAUCAGCUAGCUGAGAUGCUGCCCUCAGUCAUGACCCACUUAAAGAUCAAUAGUGUGAUUGGGAUUGGUGUUGGUGCUGGAGCCCACAUUCUCACCAGACUGGCGCUGAAUCAGCCUACACUGGUAGAGGGACUGGUUCUUAUUAAUGUGGACCCGUGUGCAAAAGGAUGGAUGGACUGGGCUGCCUCAAAGUUGUCAGGAUGGACCAGCAACCUGGUGGACAUCAUAAUGGGGCAUCAUUUCAGCACAGAUGAGCUGACAGAAAACCAGGAGAUCAUUCAGACAUACCGUCUGCACAUCGCUCAGGACAUGAACCAGGACAACCUUCAACUGUUCUGCAACUCCUACAACAGCCGCCGAGAUCUUGAGAUCGAGAGGCCUGUCAUAAGGCUUAAUGAGGAAACUGUAAACACUCUGAAGUGUCCUGCGUUGCUAAUUGUUGGUGAUACCUCUCCAGCUGUGGAGGCCGUUGUUGAGUGUAACUCGAGGUUAAACCCCAAAAAGACCACCCUUCUGAAGAUGGCAGAUUGUGGUGGCCUACCCCAAGUUGUACAACCUGGUAAACUUGCUGAGGCCUUCAAGUACUUUGUCCAGGGCAUGGGUUACAUGCCCACUGCCAGUAUGACACGCUUGGCACGCUCUCAUACGCACUCAGCUUCCAGCAUGAACUCUGUGGAUGGCACACGUAGCCGCACUCACAUUAACUCUCAGCCGUAGGGCGCUGCUGCCAGCCCAGGUCCUGAGUGCAAAGCCAGACCACAGACCAUGGAGUCAGUCAGGUCCUGAUAUUCGGAUGUAUAAAAGUCAGGAGGAAAACAUCAGAGGAAAACAUCAGGACAUUUGAAUGGAAAUGUGAAAGUAUAUUAAUAUUUGCUAUAAGUAAAUAUUUUGUUGUAUAUAUUAAGUUGAAUAAGCAAGGAUUUCCAGAACACUUCUUGCUGUAAGCAUUUAACCCAUGCACUUUCACUAAUCUAAAAAAAGUUGUAUGAAGUCAUUUGAUGAUGAAAUUUCAUCCAUUUUAAUCUGUACGUUUAAUCGGUUUUGUUUUGUUUUUCUUACCUCAAUUAUAGAGUUCUCUAUAAUGUCAAAGCUGCUAACUGUUCCAAAGUUUACACAUUACUGUUUACAAAAUUUAACAGUUUUUUAUUUUUAUAUAAUUUUUUGAAUUAAUAAAAAAGAUUUAAUGUUUUA